AUGGUAACGCUUCGAGUUACUAACUUUGGUGGGGAAGAUAGCUACUUCCCUACUGCAUUUGGGAAGUAUCAUUAUUGGCAAGCCUAUUUAUAUUAUGAUAUAGGGUGCUCUAAUCAGUACCAGAUUGGUAGGGGAGAUCGCUUAGCACUCGGGGAG